AUGCGUUUAACCUCAUUGAUUCCCGUCUCCCUGCUUGCUGGCCUCACGGUCGGUCAGCUGAUUGGCCCGGUCGGUCCAACGACCAAUCUUGAAGACAAGACCAUUGAGUGCAACAUCCUAAAUUAUGGUGGUGUUGCCGAUAAUCAGACGGAUGUUGCAGCAUCCAUCGAAGCCACUUUCACCGAAUGUGUAGUGAAUAACCCCAAAAGUCGUCUUGUUGUCCCCGAAGGCGACUAUUUGAUCAAGCGAAGUGUUGUUUUGAGUAAUGGAACCAAUUGGGCAUUCCAGCUUGACGGUCUGAUCACCGCGGCAUAUGGUGGAAACUGGACAGUCGACCGUGAGUUGAUACUCCAAGGGUUUGCGGGAGAGCAAAUAAUAAACUCUACCAUCAACGGCGAGGGUGACGGAAAAUUCUUACUAGAUGUGCUUGUCAUCGUGAACGCUGUCGAUUUCGAAUUCUAUUCUUCCAACGGGCUUGGUGCAUUUCAAGGCCAGGGAUAUAUCUAUCGAAACUUGGACAAUACCGACCGCCCUCGACUUGUCCGGCUUAUUUCGCCUACCAAUGCCUCCGUGCAUGAUUUGAUUCUUGUGGAUAGUCCCAAGUUCCACAUCGUGUUUGAUUUUGCUGUGAACUUGGAGGCAUACCACCUUACUAUCCGCGGUGCUAAUCUAGGAAGCUAUGAUGGAAUUGACGCCAUCGGCACCAACUAUUACAUCCACGAUAACGAGGCAAGUAGAAAGUCCAUAGAUCCACGAUGCUCUGGUGUUUCAAUUGGCAGUCUCAACGUAUCCGCGGAAAUAUCCAACAUUGAAGCUCGCAAUAUCAGCAUUAUCCAGGGCAACAACAUCGCCUUCAUCAAGACGUAUCCUGGAGGAUCUGGUUACGUUAGGGAUGUCACUUUUGAAAACUUCCGAUCCCUGAACAGCCUGUACGGAUUGGACAUCAACCAAUACUGGCAAAAUACUUGGGAACCUGAUACCGGCUCCGUGACAUUGAGCAACCUUGUAUUCAAGAACUUUUCAGGAUCGGUUGCCGAUGGAGCACUCCGCCCGCCAUUGUAUCUGUUUGCCAGUGACUUGACCUUUGCAACAAACGUCACCGUGGAGGAAUUCUCUGUAUGGACUGAGACUGGUACGACAGUCGUGAAUAAGAUCAGCAACAUCUUUGGCACUGGAGAUGACAGCUAUGGAGAAAAUGAUGGAAUUGAAACUCUGCAGUCUGGAGAGUCGCCGUAUACGUACACCAGCACCUAUACUAUCACGGCUUCUCCGACCAAUUGGCAAGCUCCGUCAACCCCAACCUGGGCCUUACCGAGCACUGGAUAUGGAACGGCGUCACCCAUCCCGGUCUAUACUCCUGCACCCCUUUGGCGUCCUGGUGGAAUCGACUACAAUCUUCAUUACUGGGGAAGCUUUUAG